AUGGGUACUGUUGUCAUUGCCAUCAGUGCUACUGUUUCUACUAAGCGUGGGUUGGGUGCCUCCCCUGUGGGUGCCCUACUUGUGGGUGUUCAUGUUGUGGAUGUUCAGGCUGGUGAUGUUGCUCAUGUUGUAGAUGCUCCAAUUGGUGAUGUUGACUUUGUCUCUGUUGCUACUAAUGGGGACAUUGUUGUGGGUGCUAAGCCCAUACCUUCUUCUUUUUCUAGUAAGCGAAGCUUUGCUCAUGUGGCUAGAUCUACUACUCAUUCCCCCAAGGGGACUUGUCCUCUUCCUUGUGCCAAGUCCUCCCUUAUGGAGGUUUAUGUUGCCAUGUCUUCCAUGGGUCACUCUACCUUUGCCCACAUCUUAAUUGAUAUGGACAUCUCUUCGCCUCUCCCUGAGGAUGUGGUUCUUAUGGGAGGUUUGGUGGCUGUUCGGGCGGAGGAGGCCAGGGAGCGACGCUCCGAUGGCGGACGGGUGGCACACCAGUGGAGGCCGGGCAGAGCUCCAGUGGUGGAGGGUGGUGCAGCAGAGGCUUCCGGCGGUGGCGGGGCCAAAACCGGCGGCGAGGGCCAGGGAGGAGGCCGCAUGGUCGACGGCGGCGGCGGUGCAGCGGAGGCUGCCAGCGGUGGUGGGGCCAGAAACGAUGGUCAGGGAGUUGAGCGGUGGCCGGGGAGUGGAGCACUGUGGUGGCUAGGGAGCGCUGCAGGGAGUGGUGGCGGGGAGGCGGGCCGAGGGCCGGGAGCUGCAGUGGCGGCCAUAGGGAGGCGGGGCAGCCGGAGGCCGGUGCCGGCAGGGAGCCAUGGGGGCCAACGGGGCCCGAAAAACUGUCGGCGGCGCUGUAUGGGGCCUGCAACAUGCAAAAUUUUGGCCUGUAUGCCGUAA